AUGGCACCAGACUCCUGUGGGAGCAUGAAGCUAAUUCAAAGGGCAUCGCCUUUGGGAGAGGCACCAAGUGCGCAUUUGGCCAGACGCACUACUUGGUCCCUGUCCAGCCUCAUGCUCGCCACUGGCUCAACACAACUUCCGACGAUAUUCACCGUCUUUACAGCGGUACAGGCUGUUGUCAGGAAUAUGCUUUUUCACCCAUACUUGCACAAUCCGGCGAUCACUAGCCGAAAGCGAAAAUCCCUGGCGCUCAGUGCUCCUUCCUCUUUGUUAUCAAUCGGACGGACUACUUCAUAUGGCUAUCGCAUGGGCAGCACAUAUCCUUCGAAACCAGUGCGGAAAUCAGGAUGUCUCUCGCUACGAACAGAUGAUACUCACUCACAAAUGCCACUCGUUGAAGUACCUUCGGAACAUGCUAGGACCAGAUCUGAGCGAGAUGCUCUCCUGCUUCUCGUCAUGUUCCACUGCCUUUUGGAGAUAGCGAGUGGCAGCAUCAAGGAGUGGACAUAUCACAUGAAUGGUGCACUGAUGAUCAUCAAGCUUUUAAAUCUGAGAGGAAUGAAGCAGAAGGAUGUCUUCAGUCAGGAAGUUGUGGAGCUGGUAUAUAGCUUCUUCCUUGAGAAGGGCACGUUUCUAGGCACGUCCACGAGCACUGCAAGCCGCCACGCUGAAGGAAAAUAUCUCGGUAGUAUCCAGUGGUCAACUGAGGUUCCUACCAUCUUCCCCUAUCUUGCAGGCCGUGGAUCCGCGAAAAUAGAUCCCUGCAUGGGCCUGUCUUUCGAGCUAUUAGACAUCAUAUCCUGCAUAACAGAUCUAUCCCUGAGACGACAGACCGGCACUACGGCCACAACCCAAGAGUUUACUAACCUCAUCCACCGUCUCCAACGGCUCGAAGCAUCUUCAGCCUACCCGGUCUUCAUUCAUCAAGUGUCGGACUUCGACAUCAUGGCCCUCCAUGCUUCAGCCUUUCAAUCCGCCACCUGGAUCUAUCUCUACCACGCCCUCGCCAGCCUCCCCUAUGAGAAUGAGAUAAUCCAAAAAGCCCACCUACCAGUUCUCUUGUCUACUCUUGAGCAAAUCCAUAAGCUUCACGGUACUCUUCUUGGCUUCCUUCCGUACCCGAUGUGGGCGCUCUUUAUCGCCAGUUGCGUGGUACUAGAGGAAGGGCGAGUCCAGAUUCUUGAGUGGUUUUCUGUGUUGAACACCAGGAAGCCUGUUAGUAAUGUUCCCUCCACACUGGCUGCUGUCAAGGCGAUAUGGAAGAGAAGGGAUUUGGCGGAGUGUGCGGCCCCGACUCAAGAAGGGAAUAAGGGACCUGUUUGGAUGGAUGCAAUUGGGGAGUUAGGCUGGUUGAUGCCGUUUACAUGA